GUUCUUUGCAAGAGGUUACCAUCUCUCUCUUCUUUUACUUUUCUCUCUCUCUCUCUCCAUAUUCCAACUUUAUUCUCCCUAGACCUCAGCCCAUAAAAGAAGACGAUCCCCCUCUUGAUCCUCCUUGUGUUCACAAACAAGACCUCCCCCUCUCUCUCUACUUGAGUGCUUCAAACCCUAGAAAAAGAAAAUAAGGGCAUAAUCCCCUUUCUUAUCUUGUUGAUCUUUGUUCCAGCAUAUACACAAGCUAUUAAAUUCCUCUCUUUAGUUAGGGUUUUCCCACACCACUGUUCUUGAUCCAUACACAAAGAUUCAGGUUUUAUACAUAAAAUGAUGGCAGCAGCUUCAGAAUUAAGUCUCAAAUGCAAACCACAUAGCUACUCCAUGCUCUUGAAAACAAUUGGAGAACAACAAGUUAUUAAUGGACAUGAUCAAACCCAAAAACUCGAAGAGUUCCUAUCUCGUCUUGAAGAAGAACGACUCAAGAUCGAUGCUUUCAAACGCGAACUUCCGCUUUGCAUGCAACUCCUCACUAAUGCCAUGGAGACAUCAAGGCAACAACUACAAACGUACCGUGCAAACCAAGGUUCUCCGGUACUCGAAGAAUUCAUACCCGUGAAGAAUUCUAGCGGUGAAGGGCCCGAAAAGGCAUCCCUUUCGAACGUCGAUAACAAGGCGAAUUGGAUGACAUCCGUUCAGUUAUGGAGCCAAGCAGGCAGUACUGCCACCACCACCCUUGAUAAUAAUAAUAAUAAUAAUAAUAAUAAUCAUGUUAAAACUACACAAUCCGAAAGCGAAAAUCAUUUCAACACUAAAACUAGAGAUGGUGGAGCGUUUAUGCCAUUCUCGAAGGAGCGAAACGUUAACUCAUCGUGCUCGAAUCCGGCUAUGGUGUUGCCGGAAUUGGCCCUUUCUUCUGGUGAAAAAGAUGUAGAUCAUGAAGAAAACAAAACUUGCGUGAGGGAGAAUAAUUCUAUCAAAGUUGGUAAUGGUGAAGUUACUAAUAGCCAUACUGCUGGUGUGACCAACACCACCGCGGCCGCCACCGGAGCUGCCACGAGCUCCCAGACUCAUAGGAAGACACGGCGUUGCUGGUCGCCGGAUCUCCACCGGAGAUUUGUCAAUGCUCUUCAGAUGUUAGGUGGUUCUCAAGUUGCAACUCCUAAACAAAUCAGAGAGCUUAUGAAAGUUGACGGUUUGACCAAUGAUGAAGUCAAAAGCCAUUUACAGAAAUAUAGACUUCAUACAAGAAGACCAAGUCCAAGCCCACAAACCACCGGCACCGCGACGCCGCAGCUGGUGGUUCUCGGCGGGAUAUGGGUCCCGCCAGAAUACGCCACUACAGCCGGAGCCCAAACCCUUUACACCACCCACCCUAAUGCCACCCACAACAACCCACAUUAUUGCACACCUCAAGAGUUCUACCCUAGCCCCGUCCUGCCGCCCCCGCAGCCGCUGCUCCACCACCAUAACAACAACAAUGGUGUCCUCUACCACCAUAAUCGCGUGUACAAGUCUGCCUCCCAAACUACACAAAGCUUGCAAGAGUCUAACGGUAGGGGCGGCACAACCACGACUGGCGGCGACCGGUCGGAGAGCAUCGAGGACGGGAAGUCGGAGAGUGGUGGCAGUUGGAAGGCGGACAGUGGUGGUGAAACAAAGGCAUUGAUGUUAAGGGAAGAAUGUGAAGAAAGUAAUGCAAGUGAGAUAACCUUAAAGUUCUAGAGUUAAUAUUAAUAAAUUAUAUUUUAACUUAUUAAUUAAUUAGUAUUAGUUUGAUUAAUUAUUAAUUUUCUGUUGGCAUGAAAUGAGUUUAUUAGAUUUUAGAUAUAGAGUGAGGGGUAAAAAGGCAUAAAGAGAAAGUGACAGUUUGUUUGUUGUUCUUUUAAUCACAAUUUGUAUGUUUUUUGAAUAUUAAAGCACAAGUAAUGGACCACAAUAUUAGCUCUCUUGGCUUUUGAUUGGUUUUAAGGAGCUUUAAUUUAUGGACGAAUUUUCCCUUUUCCUUUGUUAUUUUAUUAUAAGUAUUUAUUUAAAAGACAAUUAACAUGUAUUCACACUUUGAAAAGGUAAAGUAUAGUUAAACUUUUGAAUUGAUCCU